AUGGUCUUCCUCUCCUGCACCGACGCGUCAGCACCCGUCUUCAUGUCACGCCCCUCGCGAAGCCUCCUCGGCAAAGUGGCCAUCGUCACGGGCGCCGGCAGCGACGACGACGGCGUCGGCAACGGACGAGCCAUCUCGAUGCUUCUGGCCGAGGACGGCGCCUCCGUCGUCUGCGUCGACGUCAACGUCGCCCUCGCCGAACGCACCGUCGCCAUGAUCGGCCAGGAGCGCCGAAACGGAGACCAAGCGGCACCGACGACGGCCUUGGCGGUCAGGGCCGACGUCAGCUGCGAGGAGGACUGUGCCGCCGUCGUCGAGGCGGCGCUCGGCACGUUCGGCAGGGUCGACAUUCUCAUCAACAACGUCGGCAUCCUCGGUGGCCGCGGCACGGCAACCGACGUCGACGUGCAGGAGUGGACGCGGGGCCUCGAGGUCAACGUGACGAGCAUGAUGCUCAUGGCCAAGCAUGCCAUCCCCGCCAUGGCCGCCAACGAACCGACGGCGGCCGACGGCGGCAUCCGGGGCAGCAUCGUCAACCUCGGCUCCGUCGCGGGGCUCCGGGGCGGCACGCCGAGCUUGCUGUAUCCGACGAGCAAGGGGGCCGUCGUGAACAUGACGCGGGCCAUGGCGGCGCACCACGGGCCGCAGGGCAUCCGCGUGAACUGUGUGUGCCCGGGUACGGAGACGCCCGCUUCCCGCCGCCGCCUUCCCCCCUCCGCCUGGACCCAUCGAAUGCUCUACACGCCCAUGGUCUACAACCAAGGCGACGGCAUGACGGCCGAGAUGCGCGAGUCACGACGGCAGCGGAGCCUGCUCCGGACGGAGGGCAACGCCUGGGACUGCGCCGCCGCCGUGCGCUUCCUGGCCUGCGGCGAGGCGAGGUGGAUCACCGGUACGGUGCUGACCGUCGACGCAGGAGCGACCUGUUCGACGGGGGUGCCCAUGAACCUCUGA